AUGAGUUUUGAGAACGAUAAGAGCGAACUCGAGGCUCGGGAAGAAGUUAUAAAUACUUUACGAUUGGUUGUUCCUUCCAAUCCUGCACAUGCGGAGGCAGAUCUUAAGCCACUUUAUGAUACUCAGUUGGUGCAACUGGAGAACCUCAUAACAUCCCAACGUCGAGCUCAGGAUACUAUGCGUGAACAGCUUUUAUUAAUGGAGAGCAAAUACCUAAAGGUGUGCAAAGAACUGGAGGAUGAACGAAAUAAGCACGAACGGGAUGCUGCUCAAGGUGAUGAUGUUCUCGUAAUGCUUGAAAAAGAACGCGAACGUCUAAAAUCGGAGCGUGGUCUUAAUAGAAAAUUGGAAAAAGAUUUGCGCAAAGUCUUGGGUGCAAUGAAAGAGCAGGCAAUACUUCUGAACACUCAGAAGAUGGCAGCUGUAUCUAUCAUUAAGGAGCGUCAUCGCUUUUGUGGUGACCGCAAAUUAAGCAGUGAUCAUACAUUUACUCGACACGGCAAAUCUAAUGAAGUCGGAAGUACACCGCCAUCAAGUAUUGAGCCGUCUGAUUCCCUAUCCGGAAAGGAGCAUUCGCCAGUAUCGCACGAAUAUUCUCCCAGCAGCGCCUUUGGCGAGGGUUCUUUCGUAUCUCGAGAAUGCAUUCGUUUGCGCAGAUUGUUAACGGAAGAAAUUAACGCCCGAAAAGUGUUGCAGGACCAGUUUGAACGGUAA